CCUCUUCCACACAUCAGUGCUGCAGUGUCUCGGUGCCUCAGUCUCUGACCUUCCGCAGGGACCAUGCAGGCAUUUGUUCCCAGCAGGUCAUACCUGACCCCAGUCAGGGAUGAGGAGGCAGAGUCUCAGAGGAAAGCAAAGUCCCGUCAUGCCAGACAGACCCGAAGGUCAACACAGGGAGUGACUCUGACCGACCUGAAAGAGGCUCACAAGGGCAACGUCCUGUCUCCUCAAGACAGACGGAAGGAGGAAGGAGGCCCUCGGGCUGAAUUGAGUUAUCUGAGGAGCGGCUUGAUCGACGACAGGGGAGUCGGGAGUGUCCUGAUGGAGGCCAUGGAAACAGAGAUCAGUCCAAAAUGGACUGAUGGUCCCAAAUGGAGCAAAAUGGACGAGCAGGGGAAUGUUGAAAGCAGAUUAGAAACCCUCGCAGACUCUCCAACGUCAGACCUUCCGUAUUCGUGUGUUGCUGGAUCCCGUGGGCUGCUUCACUGCAACAACGCCUUCAUGGCUGGUGGGGGAUGCCCGAGGGAUGAAAAUCAGAACCGCGUUGAAGAUGAAGCUCCGCUGACCUUUGAAACCAGACAGCAACUCUUCUGUGAUGUAGAGCAUGACAGAUUGUCAAGAUACGACUCCAGCGGGGAGAGUGCGACAGACAAGCCGCUGGGCCGCGCCGGCUCUUACACUCGGAGGGAGACGAGGCUGGCAGCUCUGGGCAAACAGGAGCAGGACUCCUCCACCAAGGACUACAAGACGAUGUAUGCAGAAGCUUUGCAUGAGAACGAGAAGCUCAAGUCCAGGCUGCAGGACAGCAAACACGAACUGGUGAAGAUCCGCUCGCAGCUGGACAAAGUCACGCAGAGGCACGACAGACUAUCAGAGAGGUCUACAGUACUUGAAUCGGAGAAAAGGGAAAAACAAGCUCUUGAUAAGAAGGUGUCAAACAUGGAGGAUGAGUUGAAGGCUUUCCCCGCUCUGGCUCAGGUGCAGACCUUGCGGCGGGUAAACGAGGGUCUCCUGGCUGAGAACAGAGCGAUGCUGCGCGCCCUCGCCCGCCUCUCCGAGACGGCCUCCAUGCCGGAGACGGAGGACCUCUGACCCUCUGACGUCACCUGUCCUCCCUCUUCCCCUCCCCCCCCGCCCUCCUUCACUUCUCAGACACAUAACUUCUACACUCCCUUCUCCUUCUGGUGCCUCGCCCUCUGCUGUGCUCCUCUCAGGUCUUAACGGAGCUCAAGUCAGACAACCAGAGGCUUAAGGACGAGAACGGGGCUCUCAUUCGAGUCAUCAGCAAACUGUCUAAAUGAAAAAGAUGCCCCCCCCUCCCCCCCGAUGGCGGAGGCUCCUCUAUCCGCGGGCCGUCCCAGUCCCGGGUUUACGACCUGUCUCUGAGUCACUAAGUGUGUUUAAAGAGUUUCAGCGUGUGAUGAUGGAGGUACAGCAGUUAGUUAUUUGCACAUUAACCAGAGAGGGACCAGUCGCAGCGUUUGAAUAACCUCGUCGAGGUUAGAAUUCACAGCGAGGGGCUCGCACCAAGGUGUUUGUAACAUUAUAACCGCGCACCACAUUGAGACGCCACGUUUGUUUUGCUACAUCGACCACUGCAUAAAUGGCUUUUUAAUGUUGUCUCAUUUGUAAAAGAGGAGAGAAGCAAAGGUGCCCGAAAGGCCACCUUGGCAUGAAGAUCAGAUCCUCAGAGGCGGGCUGUCAGGUCCUCUCGUGAACAUUUGCACCGGACUAAAAUGUAUUUUGUUUGUGCUUUAAUUAAGAGAUGUUACGUCUUUGAUGUGUUUUUGAUUGGAUUGAUAGCUUUCUCAGGUCUGUCACUCAGCUGUACCGGGUCACGUGACCACACCUGAUGAACCACAUAUUGUCUCCAGUUAAAAAUAACCCCAAACUUCAUUUUAGCAAACUAACAGGUUAGUUACAUCUUCAAUGGGGUAUGUUCCCCAGCGAAUUUGAUACAGUCGCCCCACUACGUGGUUUGACGUUCUUCCAUCAGACAGAGUCCUUUCUUCUGUUAUACUGAUUUAUUUAUUUAUUUAUAAGUCUUUGUGUACUAAAUUUGUGUAAAAAACGGUACAGACUGAACUUUUUUCUGGCCAUCGCCAUUAAUAAUAAUCCCAGGUUCUGAGGAGUAAACUGUUGCUAGCACGUUACAUUAUAUGUGGUGUGGACAGUUUGCAACUUCUAUAUUGUCACCAUAGAUUACAUUCAAUUUAAGCAUUUAACUAUUGCCCAAAUACAUUUGCCAUUGCAUUACAGUAAAAUUUUCUUUGAAAAAAUGUUAAGUAGUCGGUCUACAGAGUGAUUAAAGAAACGAAAGAGGCCGCUGACUUUUAAUUGUUCUUCAUGGAGCUCAGAGUGUCACCUUCACUUUGUUCAUUGGUAUCGCUGGUUCAUUUAUCACAUUCAAACGUAUGAAACUACCACACUCCGCUUGUAUUCUUUUUAAUCGAAUGGUUGUUUGAUGUAGUGCUUUCACGACGUGAUGCUUUUGGAGUCCGACGUGUUCCUCAUCCUGUAAACAUCAAAUCACCUCCGGUAAUUUACUCAAAACUACAAAAUGAGGCUCACUUGGCUUUUUCCACACAUGCUGUAGAUAUAAUGGACUACGCAAAAAAACAUUUGUGGUGUGUUGAUGGUAGCUUAAUACGCACACAGCGGUUUACUCACUUUGCUUAAUAAACUGUAACGUAACGGA